AUUCUCAUAUUUACCUAAUCUUGUGUGCUGGAAUUGGAAUGAAGAUGAAAAAGUACAUUUAAAUUUUAGUGAAAAUAUACAUCAAAACGUGUGUAAUUUAAUAAUCAACACCGUUUUCCAAAUUUGUUGAAUGUUACGCCCAUCAUAACAGCUAGAACACCUUAAUCGAAAAUAAUACAAAGAUUCCUUUGACUAAUUUAACUUAGAAUUUUUUAAAAUGGUAUCUACUCGCCUUAUGUCUACUGCAAAUAAUGGUAAUGGAACGGACAGUGUAGCAAGUUCGUCAGCCUCAGCUUUAGCAGGAUAUUCGAAACAUAUACGUACUAAUAAUUCUACGAACAUUUGUGCAAGUGAGAUUACUCCUACCUCAUCAGUUUCUUUACUGGAUUUACCGCAAGAAGUUAUUGAGAAAAUUCUCAGUUAUUUAAACUUUAAAAAUAUUUGCUCCUUACGUUUGGUAUGCCGCACUAUUGAUCAAAUUGGUGGGCAAAUUCUCAACAUCACAUUUCUUCGCUUACAAUCUCAAAUGUUGCAACGUUUCCAAUAUAUCAAAAGCAAAAUGCCCAGAAGGGAAUCAGCACGUAGAAAUCAUCAUUUGGCCUGUGAAUGCGACAUCGUUGAAACGUUACAUAUGAGAUUGACACUCUUGCAAAUGGCUUUCGGGAAACAUAUUGAGCGAAAGCACUGUUGCUUUUUCCCAGGAGAGAUACUUGAUGAAGUGUAUAAUAUUUUGCAUUAUAUUAAAAUUACACCAAAGCUGGCUCGUCCUUAUAAAGUUACCGAUGAACUUUUCGACUUAUCUACAAUGGCAAUGGAGUAUUUUAAGGAAAAGAUUGAACCUGAUUUACCUGAAAUAACUUGUUUUGGAGCAGAUUUUUUGGAUUUUACAAGAUCUUUUCCAUCUCCAAGCAAUGGAAAGUAUUUGGGCUUAGAUUCUUCGCCAUUAAGCUCAGAAGAAGUGAAGGAAACAGAUUUGGCGACAUGUAGCACCAAUUUAGAAAAAUCAAAUUUAGUCGAACCAUUGCCUCAAUCAAACAUGGUUCUGCGAAAACGUAUUCGUAAAAUUAAACAAGGUAUGAAACGCUACAACAGCCAGCUUUCUAUACUUCGUCAAGAUUUGAGAUCAUGCAAACGCAAAACGGCAGAUCAACAAAAGCAAAUUUGUGAACAACAAAAGCAGUUGGCAGAACAGCAAAAACAAACUCUGGAGUAUGUCACUCGUUUAGACGAGUACGACAAAAAAAAUGAAGAAAUGUCUCGCAAAUUUAGUACAUUACUUCAAGAAUUGAAUAAGUGCAAAACUGAAUUGCAAUAUUGGCGUUCUAAAUCGCCAGCCACGCCACCUUUCUGUUCAGGUUGUGGUAAUGUUGUGGUGCCACCUUCGGAAGAAAUACAGGCCCUUGUAAACCAGGGAUUGAUUCCCGAAAAUCUGGGUUUAAAUCCUACCCCAGAAUGCGAUUUUAUUCCCAUCGCUGGGAGCAGUACAGCUGAUCACCUUGUAAACGACAAUGAUGUAUCGAGCAAAAAUGAUAAUGCGAACGGCGAUGGUGAAUUGAGUGUAAGAAGUGUAAAACGCAAAGCGUCAGAAAUAAAGGAAACUCCAAUAAUCGCUACCGGUGCAAAGAAAACACGUAAACUUUUGAAGGCUCGAUCCAAGCGACUCAAAAUGUAGACAGAUGUGCAUUAGUUUGAAAUUCAUACAUAUUUUUCAACUUCCAUUUAAUUAAAUUAAUGACUUUAAGAUUGGUUUGAUGUGUGAUCGGUGGCAUUGAAAUAUGUUAAUUGUGUCAUUUUUCAACAACGUUAGUUCAACUGCUGUAGUCUAGAUAAGUAAAGUGUGAAACCUU